AUGAAUUCGAAUAAUGUUUCUUCCAAGUAUAAUCUUCCUAGAUUUAGAAGAAUCAACUCUCAGCAUACUGCAGAACAAAGUUAUUUAAAUGCAAAUGAUUCUAUAAAUACAACUUUGAAUAGAACGGUAUCUUCAUCGAGCUCUAUAAUGAGUACUCCAAGUAAUAAUAUAAGAAAAGUUCAGCAACAUCAACAACCUCAACAACAAGAAACCAACUCGAAAAAACCAAUUUCGUCUCGUCCAAUGAAUAAUCUAAACGUUAAAAAGAAACUUCUUAAUCUUCAACAGUCCCUGAAAAGGAAAUAUCCAUUAUCAUCGCCAACUUCGGAGAAUACGACAAGAUUACAGCCGGCUGCUGGUCCAACAACUAAUAAAUCACCUAAAUAUAAUUCUAAAGAAAAUGAUUCUGGUAAUCAUUAUAUUAAAAAUUUAAGUCCAAUGAAAUCUAAUAAAAAUUUUAUCUUAAGAAAACCAAUGAAUAUGAAUAGAUAUGAUUAUUCGAUUUUCAUUAAUAAUGAUUAUAAUAAUUAUUAUUUUGAUUCUUCCAAUGAUGUUAACUUAUCACAUGAAGUGCAUAUCCCACCAAUCAUUAAAGAAUCCCAAAUUAAAGCUUGGGAAUCGGCAGAAAAAAUAACCAACAAUUUGAUUUUUGAUAGUUCAAGUGAUGAUGAUGAUGAUAAUGAUGAUGACAAUGAAGAAAUUGAUAAUAUUGAUUUCGAUACCUCAAUGGAAGAAAUCAAACAAACGGUCCAUGAUGAUUUGAAUUUAAACUCAAAUAAUACUCUGUGUAUUCAAUCGAUCCCCGGUUUAACAAAAGGUGAAUUACAAGUGGUGAAAACUCAUUUCAAUCAUCUACAAAAAAUGACUAAUCUAGAUAUAAACUCAUUGGAAGAAGAUGAAUUAAAGCUAUUAUGGAAGUAUAGAGAAACCCAUCAGUUAAAUCAAGAAAAAGCGUUUGCUUCUUAUCAAAGCUUAUUAGGUAAACGGAAAGUUCAAAUUUCUCAAAAAAAGGAUAUUUUACAUAAAAUUUUUGGUUAUAAUAAUAAUAUUAAUCAUGAAUAUAUCACUAAUAACACUUCCUAUUCUGCUCUUGAAAAUAUCCUGAAUACUCAAAAGGCUUUCCACGAAGAUAAAGAAGAAAUUAAUUCUUUACUAUAUGAAGAUAAAUUCUAUUCUCAAUCUUUACUUGAAACUAAAAAUAAUUUGAACCUCCUCAAAAAUAAUAGUGAAGGCAUCAAUAUCAAAAGAAAACAAAAUAAAAGAACAACCGCCUCUACCGAUAUCGACAUGAAUGAUUUCGAUUACGAUAAAUUUAAUAGCAUUACCUCAAAUCGAUUGUCCCAAAUCUAUCAAGAUUUUUUCUCAAACCAGCCUUCCGCUAUCAAUCCUGAUGACUCUGCUGACUUAUCCGACGUCAGCCAGGAGUUGCAAAGCUUCACCGUGGCAUAUCUAAAACGCUGUAUCAAAGACGAUGCUGAUGGCUUGGGUGAUAUUUCGGAACUUCCUCAAGAUGUAUAG